UCUGUCAUGUAUGUGCUCCAUUUACAUAAAUAACAAAACUAUGUACAUAAACAAUGUCUAAAUUAUAAAUUAAAUGAUUUUUUAAAAUUCGAAUUUUCCAGAACCGCUAACGUUGAAUUUAUAAAUUUAAAUUAAAACGACAUGGCUCCGAAGAAAAACAAAAAAGCUCAAGAUGAUGUUGACAAACAAUUGUCUGAUGUAAAUAAUUAUUUAAACGUAACUUAUUCAUAUGAUUUAAUACGGUAUAUUUUUUCUCAUUUAUCUGGACGGGAACUCAGUAAUUCUUCAAAGGUUUGUAAACUUUGGCGUGAUGCAGCAUUUCGUGAACUUAAGACACGUAAAGUAGUUUUAAAUUUUAGUCCAUUUAAAAAAUAUUUCAAACCCAAUGGCAGUCCAAAUAAACAUUUUGACGAUACGCUUACCAACAAACCAAUGAUUGGUUUACUAUUUUCUACGCCUCGUUGCAAACUACCUGAAUGUCUGCCACCACAUGUACCAUCAUCGUGUGUUUGUUUGUCAAUUAAAAAUUAUGGAUUGAUUGUAAACAAUACCGAUUAUGAAGACGCAAAAAAUUUAGUUGCCUACACAUUUUUACCAGAGGACCCAGAGGUUGACAUAAAUUUAUUCAUACGCAACCGCGUGGAGAAAAAAAAUAAAGAUAUUCAAAAAAAUAUUUUUGAGGUACCCAAUCUACGGAGUUUAUUUGAUUUAAUUUGCGACGAUAAAUCGACAAUUAAAAAUGUCAAGUGUAUAAUUAUUUUCGUAAUUGAUAAUAAUCCGUUUACUUUCAUCGACGUUCCUACUUUCGUCCGAAAUAACAGAAUAGCAAUAUGGGGUGGCGUAGUAAACAAAUUUUCGUGUUCGGUAUCUGGCUCAACGCUCACAGACACAAAUUUUAUGGGAGUUGUAAUUUCUGGUGAUAACGUAAGAAGCUGGUCGACUAUUUUAACUCAAGAUGACGAAACAGACGAAUCUGUGAUAAAUAAAUUAACAGAAUUAAAAAAAAAUAUUAAAUUACUUAAACAUUCAAUUGGAUUUAUGUUCAGUUGCGUAGCUCGCGGUUCCGGUUGGUACGAUAGACGUAAAAAUGUUGAGUCGAGUAUUUUUAAAAAUUUGUUUCCUACCGUACCUUUGAUAGGAAGUUUUGGUAAUGGAGAACUGGGUUCCUGUUCAAUUUCCGAAAAACCUGAAGAUGAUAAACGUCUUGUUGAUCUUCACCAUCAGUAUUCGACGACAAUUAUGAUUUUAACUUAUGGAAAAUAAAUAUUUAUUUUAAUUAUUAUCAAUUAUUUAUAUUUUUUAUAGUCUUUAAUAAGAAAAAGAUUAAAUUCAAAAAUAUAAAUAUUAAAAUUAAUUUUAAUUAAAAGAUUAAUUUUAUUAAAUAAACAUUUUAA